AAAUCAAUUUAGGGCUUUUCGCCGGAAAAACAAAAUCGAACGGAACGGCGACGUAAUGGACCUCCCGCCGCCUCAGAAACGAAUCCGCUCCUCCUCCCCGCAGCCACCCCAACCAUUCGACGCCUCAAUCGACCUCUCUCUCCUCGAAGCCCUCGAGAAAUCGCAGCAAAAUGCCAUCGAAACCCUCGACCUUAAAACCUUGAAGAGGCUCGCCCUCUCGCUGGAGCGCCGCCUCAACGCCAACACCGCCGCCCGCCUCAAGUACCCUGACAACCCCGAGAAGUUCGCCGAUUCCGAGCUCGAGCUCCACGAAGAGCUCCAGAAGCUCAAAAUCCUCGCCGGCGCGCCUGAGCUCUAUCCCGACCUCGUCAGCCUCGGCACCGUCAAUUCCAUCGCUGGACUUCUCAACCACGACAAUACCGACAUCGCCAUUGAUGCCGUCACGCUCCUGCAGGACCUCACCGACGCAGACGUUAUCGAGGACAACGAGGAGUCGGCGCAGGUGCUCGUCGACGCGCUGAUCGAGAACAGUGCGGUGGAAUUGCUGGUGCAAAAUCUGUCGCGGUUGAGUGACUCCGACCCCGAUGAGUCGGCCGCUAUUUACAACACGCUGUCGACUAUUGAGAAUCUCAUCGAGGUGAAGCCUUCUGCAUCCGAGCUUGUGUGUGAGAAGACGAAGCUGUUGAAAUGGCUCCAGGCGCGGAUUAAGAUACGCGAAUUCGAUAGUAAUAAGCAGUAUGCUUCCGAGAUUUUGGCGAUUUUGUUGCAGAAUAGUGCUGCGAACCAGAAGAGGUUUGGCCAGAUGAAUGGCGUAGACACUUUGUUGCAGGCCGUCGCAAUGUAUAAGUCGAAGGACCCGAAAAUGGGCGAUGAGGAGGAGAUGGUGGAGAAUUUGUUUGACUCUCUGUGUUGUGUGUUGAUGCCUUUGGAGAAUAAGGAGAGGUUUGUGAAGGCGGAAGGGGUAGAGUUGAUGAUCAUUAUCAUGAAUCAGAAGAAACUAUGCUAUGGCUCCGCCAUCAGGGCUUUGGAUUUCGCAAUGACCAACUAUCCGCCUGCGUGCGAACGGUUUAUUGAUGUGAUGGGGUUGAAGACUGCUUUCCCUGCUUUUAUGGGUAAGGUGCCUCUCAGCAAGAAGAAUAAGAAAAAACAGUCAAAGGAAGAAUUGGAAGAACGCCUCUUAUCUCUAAUUGCAUCCCUAUUUGGUGGAAUCUUGAGGGGUUCGAGAAGGGAAAGAUUGUUAAGCAAAUUUGUUGAAAAUGAGUGUGAAAAGAUAGAUCGGCUUAUGGAACUCUAUAUGAGAUAUUCAGAUAGAGUGAAAGAAGAGACUGAACGGUUUGAUGAGCUUGAGCUUGAUGAUCUUGAGAUUGAUGAUGAUGAGAAAUAUAAUCGGAAGCUGGAAUCUGGGCUCUAUACUCUUCAGUUGAUUGCGGUUAUCCUGGGCCAUCUUUGGACCUCUGAGCACCCUCGAAUGAGAGCAAGGAUUGAACUGCUUUUGAAGCAACAAAAGUUAACUAAGAAUGACCUGAAGAAUAUUCUUCAGGAGUAUCAUGACAACAUCGGUGACCUUGAUGGCCCCGAAGAAAGAGAAAGGGCCCAGUCAAAGAUCUCCAAAUUCAUCUCCGCCUUAUCCUGAUGGCGAGAUUUUUGCUAAUAUCGAUAUUUAGCCAUCCUUGUUGAGAUCCUGUAUUUUGUUCAAUGUAAGCAGAUCUAUGUUUGUCAAAUAUUCAAACAAAUCAGUAAAAUGACUCGUGUGGAAAAUCAAUUAUUCUUA